AUGGCGAGACCACUUCAUGCGAACGAUCCGCAUCCCGGCUACCAGGCGCGCGGAGAUACACAAGGCAACUACGACCGCGCAGCAUCAAACGACCUGAUGAAUCACAGCGACCGUUUUACCAGGGAUCAGAGCAGCUUUUCUGGCCCUGGAUCGCAAGUUCAAGACUCCCGAAAUCAAACAUCCUCUGGUGAUCGAAGUGGAAGCUUCUCUCAGGAUUCUCGCCCAGCUCCAGUGGCUCAGAAUCACUACCUGGAGAGAGGUGGUGCCGCGCAAUUCUCGCAAGCGUGGCCACAGCCGUUUUCACAGCAGCAGUAUCCUCAGCGUGCUUUGCCAUCUACCAUCCCAGGAUUCGGAGGCUUGGGCUUUCUUGCGAGGUUCCAAAGUCAGAAUGGGCGACACCACCAAUUCAAGGAUCAUCAGCAGGAGCGGAAUGAAGUUGAAUCAGAUUCGUAUCCUGAUCACCCCAAUCCCGCGCAACAGUAUGCCAUGAACAGCGUCCAGUCGGCUAUUCCAAGCUUUGCCUUGGUGAGCCAACAGCGACCUCUGUACCAACCGCAGUAUCUCCAUUACGACUAUCCCUCAUCCACAGACCGAGCAAAUGACGCUUCCAAUGGUCAGGAUGGCGCAUCUCGUUCGGGUCAACCAAUCUUCAUGCCGCCUACCACCCCAUCGAAUGCGCCGAACGGCUAUAACACACAAGGCGAGCUACGCCCAGCAGCAGACAGCCAAAAGAGACCUAUCGCAGUAYAUUCAACAGACGACUUACCCCGACCCUCGAUCAAGCGCCCAAAGCUCGACAUGCAGGAGUUCGUGAAGCCCAAAACCGCUUUCGAUGCUGCGCAAGCUCUAGCCAGCACCACCGUCGCGCAAGGUAUCCUCCAAGGAGUCCCUACCUACGUCAACGAGGCCACCUCUAUCCAAGUAGCUAGAGCUCGACUUUCGCGCAAUACCAGUGCUCUUCAAUUCCACGACUUGGAGAUCAAGUUUGACGAUGUCAACACAUUCACCCACCAGGAUCUCAUGCCAAGAUUCUUUCAACGAAUGUUCGACGCCCUCCACACGAAGCCUGGAGCCCCUCCUACUUACAUCAAAGCCGAGCAAAAGCAGCGUUUCGCCGAGAAACACGAGGGUCGCUACCAGCUAUGUCGCGACCAGCUCGUCACCAAAGAGCAAGGCCUAGAUACCAUGGCGGCAUUUGAGCUCUUGGCAGCCGCUGCGAAGCGAAUCCACAUCAGCGGAAUCCCCAUGGCGGAUUUGAGAGCCGAGGAUUACGGGAAGAAAGACAGGAAGGGAAAGCGGAAACUUCUGACGCAGAGUAAGCUGUCUGUUGAUCAAGAAAGUACCUUCUUGCAGCGUCUGGAUCGGAUCGUGGAGCAUACUAGAGUUAACAAGUACUUUGGUUAUGAUAUUUUGAAGGGUGCGAAUACGGAUGAUGUUGUKGCUGCGCCGGAUAUGUAUGCGAAGCAGAAGUUUACUGCGUUCAAUUCGAACUCUGGUCGAGAUUCACGAUGCAGGGAUCGGAAGGAUUCUAAGAAGUUGAUCGCGAAUGUCGAGCCCGGGGUGGACGAUGGGCGGAACGGCGAUGAGCUGAACGAAGGUGAGCUGAGCGGCGAUGGGCGGAACGAAGAUGAGCUGAACGAAGACGAGCUGAAUGGCGAUGGUCUGAAUCCUUAUGAUAUCACAGUAAAUGGUCAAGGCCUGUGGGAUCUAUCGGACUUUCACAACUUCGACACCUACGGCGGUGCUACCACGGGAUGA